AUGAAGGGGGCCAAGCUUAGUGAGCCGACCCUCGCGUUCCUCCAGGACUGCAUGAAGUUCACGACAAUGGCUCCCGUCCAGGCCCGCACCAUUCCACUCUUCCUCACCAACUACGACGUAGUUGUGGAGGCCAUCACCGGGAGCGGCAAGACGCUCGCAUACCUUAUCCCGUGCCUGGAGAUGCUGCUGCGCCCACGGUGCCGAGAGGUAGCGAAGGAGUACAAGAACGCCGUCUUUGCCGUUCUCGUGCUGCCAUCGAGGGAGUUGGCGCAGCAGGUGUUUCAUAUCGUAAAGCGCAUGUUGCACUUUGUGACGAAAAGCUACAAAAACGGCAGCCCAGCGAACGGUCUGCCCGCCUACUCUUACCAGUGCUACAUCGGCGGACGCGACAUCAAGCACGACGUCGAGGAAUUCAGCAAACAGGGCGGCAACGUACUCGUCGGCACACCGGGCCGGCUCUACGAGCUGCUCGUCUCCUCCAAGUACGCGAACCUCUUCCACUUGAGUCAGUUCGAGCUUCUCAUUCUCGACGAGGCCGAUAAACUGCUCGAGUUCGGCUUCCGGGCAAAGCUGGAUGCGCUGCUGAAGCGGCUGCCGAAGCAGCGCCGCACCGGUCUGUUCAGUGCGACGCAGACAAAAGAGCUGACGGAGCUGGCGCGGGCUGGGAUGCGCAACCCGGUGUCCGUCACCGUCCGCAUCAACCCCCUCAACUCCGCCAACAGCGACUCUACAAAGCCGCAGAUACCCGAGCAGCUCUCUAACUUCUACGCCUUCACGCACGCGUCUGAGAAGCUGGACCGCCUCGUUGAGUUCCUGGCGUCGCACAAGGAUGAGAAGGUGCUUGUGUAUGUCAUGACGUGUGCUAGCGUGGAGUGGCUCUACGAGGCGCUCUCGGCGGUGCUGUGGCAGGACGAGGCUGACAACGUCUUCGCCCUCCACGGCCAAAUGAAAUUGGAGAAGCGUCAGAAGGUGCACCGGCAAGUGACGAGGCGUUCGCGAUGCGUGCUCGUGUGCACCGACGUGGCGGCGCGCGGGCUGGAUAUCCCGGAGGUAGGCCUGGUGGUGCAGUACGACCCGCCGGUGGACCCCAACACGUUUAUCCACCGCAUCGGCCGCACGGCGCGCAUGGGGCGCAGCGGUAAGAGUGUCGUCUUUCUCAUGCCGCAGGAGCUGGAGUACAUCAACUUUAUGCGGCUGCAGAACGUACCUCUCCAGGCGCUAGACGAGGAGCGGGACAGCGUCGACGUCGCCAAGGAUGCCGUCCGUAACAUGAACGCGCGACGCACGCUGCUCAGCUCCGAGCUGCCGGAUAAGCGGAAGGCGAUUCACCAGGCGCACCGUGAGAAACAGCUGAGUCGGCGAGAGCGCCGCCAGCAGCUGCACGAGGCGCAUCAAGCGAUGGUGGACGGAAAGAGCCAGCGACUCGCGAAACGGAAAGAGGUGCUGGGCGACAUGUGCACGAGUCCCUCCAUUCUCGCGCUGCGGCGAGAGGAGUGCCGCAAUGAGAAGCUGCUGAACCUCGCCGCCCGGGCCUUCGUGUCGUUCCUGCGGGCCUACAAGGAGCACGAGUGUCGCUACAUCUUUCAACUGCAGCUCAUUGACCUCACCGACCUCACGCACGGCUUCGCGCUUUUCAAGAUCCCCAACUGCGGUGAGAUCAAGCGGAUGCGUGUGCUGCGCAUUCCUCUGCAGGACGAAUUCGCUCCGUUUGUGAAGCAGAUGGCGACUGUGCUGCGGGAGAAGCGGCAACGUGCCGCCGAGGAGCAGUCGGCCGCGGCAGCUGUGGACGGUGGGGGCGAUGACAGCCCAGAUGCGAAGAGACAUCGCACGGAGCGCAACGAGAAGUUGGAAGCGCUGAAGCUGCUGAAGAUGUCCAAGUCCGAGCGCAGCCGCGCCUGGAAGCAGGCAGAGCUGGACGAGCUGCUCAAAGAUAGCUAUUACGUGAAGAUGGAGCGGCGUGGCAAGGUAAACCGGCACGUGGUGGACGAGAAGAUGGGCGUGGAAGCAAUCGAGAACUCCUUCAUGAGUGCGCGAGAGCGAAAGGAGGCGCAGCUUGCCCGCAAGGCGCGCUGA